CCCACCGAGCUGUCGCCGUCUGCGACGGCAGCUGUAGCGGCGGGGACGGUAUAGAAGCGAGACUUCGUGCCCGCAGCAAUUUUGAAGAAAUGUUUCGCGGGUGUUGAACGCGUUCGCGAGGUUUGAACCUGGUGGAGGGUACCGACGCUUCCGUGAACCUCCUCCGUCGCCGAUGGCUUAUCGGAUCAACGCCGUCGCAUCGCUGGCGAUCUUAGCCCUCUGUCUGCGCCAAGCGUGGGCCAUCAACUGCUACACGUGCAACAGCGUGAACGGCACCAACCCGAACUGCCACGACCCGUUCCACCCGGCUCACGCGCGAUACGUGAUCGACUGCACCGUGCCCAAGGACGGUCACGUGGGACGGUUCCCGGCCCACUUCUGCGUCAAGGUGGUCGGCAGGACCAUGGACACCAACAUCGAGAUGGUGAUCCGGAUCUGCUCCCUGGAGACCAUGGACAAUUCGUGCGGCGUUUUCCGGUAUGGGGACGACGUUCUGCGCGGUUGCAUCUUGACGUGCAACAACGACGGCUGCAAUGCGGCCCCGCCCCCUCUACGAGGCCACGCCUCCGUGGGGCCGCUGCUGCUCCUCUUCCUAUUGGCCACCCUGGCCUCUUCCAGCAAAGUGCUGCUGACGUAUCCUCCGUGAUGGCCGCGGACUCACCAGAGAUGUGCAACACUCCUGUAGCCGAGCCAGCGCUGUGCUCCGAGUAAUGCGUCGUGUCUUACAUCUGUUGUGUACCACCUUGUGUCUCACCUAGCAUUGCGCAGGAUGGCCCGAUACGGGCGAGAAUGGCCGAUUAGCGAUUGAGAGCAAGUUUCCAAACCUAAACCUAGAGUGAAAUCUGGAGCCAGUAGAAAGUUUGAUUUCCCGCGCCCAAGAAACUUCGGGUACCCAAAUGGACCUUUGCGCACCCAAACGCCACGCCCUGUUUUUGCAAUCUUUUCUACACAGUACAAAACCUUGUACACCCUCUGCUUUAUUUUCUAUAACUUUUAGCCAGUGGCGUACAUAGCUAGAAUCUUUUUACGGCGGGGCACCCACUUGACCGA